GUAGAAGGAAGAGAGAAAGGGGAAGAAGGGGAGGGGGAUGCUGGAAAGUCUCAAUCUUCAAUCAGUGGAAGUCGCAGGGGAAUCAAGCCAUGGAGUCCAAAUACCUUCAAACUUGUUUGUACAACCUCUGGCUAAGUAGAGCUACAACACCUAUUCAAGAAGCUCUUCAGUUCUCACAUCCUCCACACCAAAAUGGCCGGGGUUAGCAAGUGUCUCAAAUAUUCCAUGUUCGCUUUCAACUUUUUAUUUUGGCUUUGUGGCUGUGUAAUAUUAGGUGUCUCCAUAUGGGUCAGAGUCAGUAAAAGUGUACAACAAGAACUGAACAUAGAUGGAGGAAGCUUGCUUUCAGCAGUUGAUCUCAUGAUUGCAGUGGGUGCAAUUAUCAUGGUCCUCGGAUUUUUUGGAUGCUGUGGGGCCAUAAGAGAAAGUCGGUGCUUGCUGCUUCUGUUUUUUAUUGGAUUAUUUCUUAUUCUGGCUCUUCAAAUCACUGCUGGAGUUUUAGGAGCUGUUUAUAAACCAAAGAUUGAGGCUCAAUUAAAUCAAACUUUCUACAAACUUCUCCCAUUAUCUGGUCAAGAUGAGAGUUUUAAGACCAGUUUUGAAAAUAUACAGAAAGAGAGUCAAUGCUGUGGUCUAGUAAAUGGCUAUACUGACUGGGGUGCCAAUGUUCCUGCCUCUUGCAUCUGUCCUACAACAAGUCGCACUAAUAAUUGCAUCUAUUUUGCUGGAAAGAAUUACUAUAAAGAGACAUGUUUAGGUGUCAUCUCUGACUUCUUCAAGAAUCACCUUGUAAUAAUCAUUGGAAUAGCCUUUGGGCUGGCAGCAGUGGAGAUUUUUGGUCUUGUUUUCUCUAUGAUAUUGUACUGCCAAAUAGGGAAGAAAUAAAUGAAUCCAAUUUGAAAACUUGCCCCUGGAAAACCCCGAUCAGGCGGUUAUGGCUCCACCCUGCCUUAAGAUGUCAUGAAACACCCACUGGAUGCUCAUUAUGUAAACAUAUGUUAAUGAACAUAUAUUUUAUGUAAACUAAAGUUUAUACUGAAUUGAUGUUUUACUACUGCAUUUGUAGCGCUAUAUGGUUUAUACAAAUAAAUUUUCAUUUUUAUUACUAGGGUAAA